UGCGCAUGCGCCGGCGUUCUUUCAUGUAAUGCAAUCUAGCGUGUUCUUGGCGCUCGCUGGGCUCGCUGCUCGUGCGCUUGCAUGUAAUCUGAUGUAAUGUCAGAAUAGUAACCGCGAUCAGAAGCUGUUGCAUUUUCUUAACGAAUUAGAUCUGCUUUGGAGAAUGUCGAAGCCGAAGUUGAUUGUAUUUGAUUUAGAUUAUACUUUAUGGCCGUUUUGGGUUGAUACGCAUGUCGACAGACCUUUCAGAAAAGAUAAAAAUGGAGUUGUAUAUGAUCGAAAUGGACAAAAAGUGAAAUUUUAUCCGGAAGUUCCAGACGUUUUAGAAAAGCUGCAAACAGAAGGUUACACUUUGGCAAUUGCAUCAAGAACAGGUGAAAUUAGAGGAGCCAAUGAAUUGGUUGAGUUGUUUGGAUGGCAAAAAUAUUUUCAGUACAAGGAAAUAUAUCCAGGAUGCAAGGUUCAACAUUUUACUGAGUUUAAGAAGCAAUCUGGAAUAUCAUUUGAAGAAAUGAUGUUUUUUGAUGAUGAACAAAGAAAUAUUAAUGAUUUAUCUGCUGUUGGAGUGACGGCAAUACUGGUGCCACAUGGUGUAACGAUGAAAUUGUCUUUAUUUACCAUUAAUCCUUGCCAACAUCCAAUUGUGAUCUUGAAAGAUGUCAAGUACAAUGACCUCAAGAUUAUGGUUGAUUUCAUGUACUAUGGUGAAGUCAAUGUAUCACAAGAACAGCUUCCUGCUAUCCUUAAGACCGCGGAAAUGUUGAAAAUAAAAGGCUUAGCUGAUACAGAUCAGCAUAUCUCAGGUACUGUUCAUAUGAUGAAAUCUGAAAGUGCAUCAUCUGAUAAAGCAGAUCUUCUUACUCCUGGAGAUUCAACAUGGGGAUCAGAUUCUGCAAGGAGAAGUCCAUCACCAAUGUCUCCUUCAAUGCGCAGGAAGAGGUUUCGCAAGUCUUCCACUGGAUCUGGUUCUGGAUCCACAGAGAGAACUUCAGAAGAAGUAACUAGUGAAAUGUCUUUGGCACCUUCAUUAGUAAAACCUGAGCCUGUUUCUUACACACCUGAAGCUGAGAGUGGAGGUCGCAGCGAUAGUUCUUUGAGAAACAGCACUCAGGAGCCCAGUACUGACUCAGAACCUCGAGAAGGAUCCCAAGACAGCACAGAAGAUGACCCACUGUCUAUGCAAAUGUCACAUGAGAGUAGCGUUGGAGUGGAAACCCAGAUAGCAGACACUGGGCCUGGUCCUUCUACAUCACAACAAAGUAUGGCUUCCCAAGGCUUACAGUGGACGUUGCUGGAGCAUGGUUACCCUCGCUUUGCACUGUCAUCUUGUCAAGCUACUCUGUCAGUUCAAGCCACAUCUGCCUUCUGCACUCCUGAUCCCCCUUCAAAUGCUUCGCAACCUCGACGGGAUGGUGCCCAGUACACAAGCUCCACAUAUCAGUCUCAUCAAAUGUUGCCUAUGUCCUCUUGUGCUGUAGUUGGCACUUACAGUCAUCCCUCAUCAAAUCCUAACAGUCCUUAUCCAACUUCAUAUACCAGUCCAUGCACAAGUCCAUGUAUUAAUCCCAAUUCCAUCAAUAUAGCUGGUCAAAAUGCCCCAGUUCGACGGAAAAGAAGUAGUAAUCCCCAAGCAGAUGAGAAUUUUGUGAGAGCUUUGGAAGCUGUGCGUUUGGGUGGAAUUGGAUUCUGCAAAGCAGCUCGUAUGUUUGGUGUAAACAAUCGAACAUUAUGGCUUGAGUACAAGAAACGGGGUUACCCUGUAACAAGACCAAGUCCAAGUGUGAAAUCACGCAUCAAACAAGAAGUCCCUACUUCAUCACCUUCUCAACAGGCUAACAGUCAACCUGAAACAACACCUACCAAUGCUCCGGUAUCAUCUUCCUCUGCCAUGUGUCCUCCACCUUCAGUUGGUAUGGUAGGAAAUUUCAUGGAUUCUCGACAUACCGAUUAUUCACAUACACAAGCCCAGUCUCCGCCCAGAAACAGAUUUCAAGAAGGAUCAGAAAACCUUAACCCUUCCCCUGCAAAUCUUCCUGCUAUGAACUUUAAUCCUCUUUUUACUGUGCAGCCUAGUUCACCUCGAGCAAAACUCGUUGAAACAGCUCAAGGGAAGAAACUCAUCGUGUGCAACAAAGAAGUGCCAGUGAACAUGCUUAGAGCAAUUCGUGCUGUAUUGCUUCAGAACUGUUCCAUUAACAAAGCUGCCAUUAUGUACAAAGUGUCUCAAUCUACCUUGUGGCGUUAUGUUGGUCUUUUGCCCAUGUGUGUUGGAGAAAAGGAUUUGCACAAUUUUAUUACUUAUGAUGUUCCCAUGAAGGAUGAAGCACCUUCAACUGCCAAUUCUGUAAAAAAUGCAUCUUUCCUUCCAGCUUGUGUUACAUCAAAUAAACCAGGCAAACGUGGGCGUCCGUUGAUCCGUCAACCUCGAGUGAAGAAGGAAAGUGACCCGGUUCACACUUCUCCAGACAGUGAGCAUGGCUCUCCACCAUUCACCUCGGGUUCUCUUCUUACAGUACCUAAUGUACCCAAUGUUCGAGUUGAAAGGCCAUAUUCAGAUCCACCCCCAAUCUCGUCUACUCCAAACCUGCUGACGGUUCCACAACCCGCAUACUUGGUGAAGCAACAUUCAGAUCCAAUCCCUCCAACACAUCAUUCCUCAACUCCUCAACCACAGACUACUCUGGUAGUUCAAAGGCAGCUUUCUCAACCUAAUCCUGGUCAAACGUGUGUGGUUCCUCCACCACCUUUUCACGUUCACCUUGUAACCGAAGCUCAUCAUCAGCCAACAGCAUCCAAGCCUACUGAGUCAACUGUGAGGACUAUCAGCCCGUCAGUAGUAAUUGAACCAUUACCAGUUCUGAGAGUUAUAACUGAUCAUGGUGCAGAAACAGGCAAAUCCUCUCAGUCAUCAGGACUAAGAAUAAGAACUGAUGAACUGAGACGUGCUUCAUCUUCACCACAGGCAUCUUCUCCACGAGAGUCCUAUGAACCAUUGCGUUCUGGUCACUGCCCUGUUUUGCGUCCUGGGCCAGCUCUGGGUUGUAAUUUUUGUUGGAAUACUAUUGAUAAUCAUGGGCGUAUUUUAAGACGAAAAACAAAAUAUCACUGUCCAGAAUGCCAGACAAAUUUGUGCAUUGUGCCAUGCUUCCAAGAAUAUCAUGAAAGACAUACAGCCACUGAUAAAGAAUCUUCAGGGUCAAUGACUAUAUUAAAAGUAUUGCCCAAGACAAGCUCCAUCUAGUAAUACAAAGGUAAGGUUUGAAGACACUUCAACCUGUACUUUGUGUAUUCUUAAAUGUUUACUGUUGUCCAUUCUUCAGUGUAAAUGUAAAGUAAGGAGAUGAUAAUCGUGUGGAUUCAAUAUUACAAGAUUUAUUCUAUUACAACUACUAACGUACUAAUUUAUGAAAAUCAACAAUGAACUGCUACUCACAAAAGUAGAUUCUCAUAGCUGAUUCAAAAAUGUAAACUGUUUUCAGUGUCCAUUAAUUUCUUGAAAGAAUGCACAGUAAAUCUUUCAUAACCAAAUCCAUUUUCAAAUUUAAAAUUAUGGUGACAUUUUGUUUGCUGACGUAAUUAAAUGCACAGGAUUCUUAUUGUUCUUUUACAUAUUUUACUUUUAUAAUGAAAGGUAAAUGUAUUAUAAUCAAAGAAUUGCAGAAGAGGUUAUUAUUAUAUUUUAAAUUUCAUAUUCAGAAAUUCUGUAUUAUGUGUACAUAUAAAAUUGACGAGAAAACAAAAUGUUUGGAAGAGACAAUCAUGUUGUACAUGUUAGAUACAUGGCAAAUAUGGUGAAAGGCCAGUGUAAUCUCAAGUAGAAUAAAGUAGACUGGGAAACAUUUGAUAAAAAAAUACUUGCCAAUGGUCAGUGCAAGUAUAUUUGUUCACGUAUGUUGCUUCUGGUAUAACAGCAUCUUAAAAGUUCUUUAAUGAACAAUUUUAAAGGUGUAAAAUUAUAAAUUUUAAAGAGUAUUUCUUUGAGAUAGUCAUGGUUGUUACAUAUUGUUCAGUUGUACCAGAAUGAUUAAAACUAUUUAUGAAAGAAAAAGUGCUUUGAUGAGCAUGAAAAAAGAAGUAAAUAUUUAUUUAAUGACGUAAUGCAUACUGGUUGUGCAUAUAUUAUAUGUAUAUGAGAAUAUAUAAAUGUAUAUUGCAUAUGUAUAUUUUGUAGACUUUUGAACCUAUCAUUACAAAGUACCUUUAAUUGUUGUAUUUAACCCAAACCAGGGUAUAAAAUUACUGUUGCAUGGUCCACUGUACAUAAAUAUUUUGUGUAAAAGUAUAGGAUAAAAUAUUUUUGACUGGUUGAUUCUUUCUCAUCACUGAAGCAAAAGAAUGGGUAUUGCUCAAUUGAAAGUAUGUUGAGUUGUUGGACAUAAUACAGUUUAUAUAUUGUAGAUGAAAAAAUAGUGAACUGGAUUGAUAGACUCUUCACAGAUCUCUUGAUUUGUUGCUUCUAAUGACUUCUUGAAAAUUAAUAUCUUUAAACUGAUCAAAGAACAGUUUCAAAAUCAUGUGGCAUUACUUUUAAAAUGUUUGUCAAUCCUGUAAACUUUCUUCAUCUAUUGUUUCUAUUUUCUUAAACUUAGUGUAGUUUGUAGCGAAAUUUGUAUGUGCUUAAUGUGGUACUGUGUCAUUUGCAUAGAAUAUGAUAUCAACAUUCAUUGUCAAAACUAGGAGCAUUUUUUUUCUUUUCCCCAAACAAUUUUGAAUUGAAGAGCCACGUGAUAUACUAGCUGGAAUUAUUUUGUUCAUGGUGUAAUGUGCAAGUAAUGUGUCAUGAGUGGAAGAGCACAAAGAAGAUAAUUUUCUUUUCCCAAGUUGAAAAGAUUUCUAAGAGUGAAUUCAUUCAUUUCAUUUGCAUCAUCAUUAAAAGUAAUAUUGUUUGUUAAAAAGGUUUUAGUCUUGCACAUCUAUAAAGAUGCACUUGUUACAGCAAGGUGGAAAUUAUCAUUGUACUUAAUACGGAUUUCAUAUGUGCAACUCAGAGGAGUCAUACUGUUUCGUUUAUGUUUAGGUCUCUUAAGGAAUGCAACUUCAUUUUAUUUUAGUUAUUUGUUCAUAUGCUUUGAAUUCCUGUUUUAAGAAUGUUUAAUUAUUGUUCUCAUGUAUUUGAAAAUUGAUCAAAUAGUACCACAGAAACUCAUCUUCAAAUAUAUCAUUCAUUCUUGACAAAUUACAAUUUUCUGUAAUACUUCCAGACACCUAUUUUAAAUUAUGACUUGUACCUUUCUGAACUGAAUGUUGGUUGAAAGAAAAAUAUAUGGAUGCAGUGCCAUGUCAGAAGCCUGAUGAUAUUAUGUUGGAAAAAUGUUUAUUAAUGCAAAGAUAAUGUUAUAGGGAAAAUAUUGUUUUUUGAAGGUCAAAUAACUAGAGUAUUCAACAAUAUUUUUACUAGCAAUGAAACAUAUCUUUUUAUCACUGUCACACUUCAUGAUCUUCACUUUUGUCACCGUUUAGUAUAAAUUCUGUUGUAAUGAAUUAUAAGAUUUUAAAAAGUGAAUACUGGAACCGGAAGUGCCUGAUAUGAUAAAUCAUUACACAAAAAACUCAACCCUCCAUAUACAAUGUUAUAACUCUUCAUUGUGCCUCUUACCAUAAAUUUCAAUUAUAUAAACUAUAUUUACAUUAUUUUUAUAAUUGGUACCAUGACUUUCUCACCAUAGUAGCAGUCUUUUAAAAAUCUGUCCAGUUUUGAAACCUGUGUGAUGUAUUCUGUGCUGUUUGUUGUGUAUGAAUAUUCAUUAUAAAAUUUUAAGGGUAAGUCUUAGAAUAUUAGUAUAUAGAGGGUUGGCUAUGGAGGAAAGUGUAUCACUAGUACUUGCUGGUACAACUCUCCACUUGUGCAUUUUGUUUUACAUUAGCGUUUCACUAUUCUCUUCCUGGCACUUCCUACAAUUGAGAUUGUACCAUUCAUCUACUGAUAGAAGAGAUAUUAUUUUAUGAUAAAUUGUAAAAUUGUACAUUUGUCUGUUAAAUAUUCCUUGAGUGUACCCAACCAAAUUUGAGAGGUUGUGAUAAAUUAGUAUGUAAUGUUGAGACUUGAAGCAGGCUUCAUUGUUUCAUGCAAUUUCAUUUGUGUUGUUCAAAAUAGUCAUUUUUAGUAUUAUACGUAUAGGUUACAAGAUACAUUUGUAUAUCAUACUGCAAGAUAAUUUUGUACCUGGUAAUAUAUGCGUAAUGUUAAGAGAUUCAUCCAGUAAAAUUGAAAUUGAUGUUUAACCCUAAUAUUGUGUAUACUCUCUACCAGUGUUAUAGCCAACCUCCCUCAAUGAUAAUUUCUGCAAUAUACCAAUGAGAUGUUUCUGAAGUUUAAAAAGAGCUUGUUCAUUUUAUUUUUUUUUAACAUUGAAAAUCCAUUAGUUCUAUUCCCAAACAAAAUUCCAUAGCUACAGCCACCUUAAUUCAGCCUAAGGAGUGUUAUAGGUUUAUUACAGAAGAGUGACUUAAAUAGUAUAAAUCUAAAACAUUUCAUUCCAUUUGUAAAUUUUGGUGAGAGAAAUUGUUAAAGCCUCUUUUGUGUUAACUGGCACAAUUUUGAUAAAAUUGCAAAACAGAAAAUGUUUUGUGAACGCCCAGCACGUUAAUAAUUUAACUUUUAUGGAAGAUAUUGUGUUGAAAUAUUUCAGAGCAUUUACUCUAGAAUAUUGUUUCAAUACACUUAUAUUUUUGACAUUUAUACACAUUUUAAAAGUUGUGUGGAAAUAUUAUUGGUACAUAUUUUGUGCAAAUACAGUUUCAAAGUAACAUGCAUGGCAUUUUCAUGCUUAAGAACCCCAAAUUUUCCAUCACAAUUUUUUUUUAUUUUAAUACAUAUUUACAUUUUCAUAUUCUAUAAUGCACUGGCAGAUUAAAGGAUACACACUGUGCAUUCAUUUCUUGUCAUCA